AUGACAAACUUUAUUUGCAAAUCAUCUGCAUGGACCAGCACCAUGGGUGCAGACCAAAACUCAAUUCCCAACAUCAAUCCAUCCGCUGCUUAUUACUCCAACUCCAACUCCAACUCCAACUCCAACUCCAACUCCAACUCCAACUCCAACUUCAUCCCAUUCGAGCGCUCAUUGUUGUUUGAAAUACUAAACUAUAAACAGGUGUAUCACAGCUUUCAAUUCCAAGCCAGAACAGCUUUGCCUGAUAGCUCCAGUGCUUACAGCGAUACCAAUCCACCAGUCUCACAAAUCAACUGUCUGGGUGCUCGUUGUGCUACUGACACUGGUUUGACUCAAGCAAAACAGUCAUCGUGUGGAUAUAAUGGGUGUUUGAAUGAAUUUGCUAUCUCGACUGGUUAUGUUCCAAAUCCCAGUGUUCCGAAUUCAAAUGUCUUAAUGGAACAUAGUUUGUACUUGGAUCGCAUGAGCAAUACAAAUAGAUUUGAAUUUGACAAUAUAUCUCAAAAAUUUCAAAGCUAUAACUCACAACCAUAUUAUACUGAUUAUCCAUCUACUCUGGCUAAUCAACUUAAUCAACUUAAUGAAGUUAGUCCAACCAAUUCAAGCUAUUUUUCUGGUUGUAGCAUUUGGUGUAGUUCACCUAUACAUAAAAAAUUGCAGCCUAGUGCUGUGGCUGUUUUGGACUGUUCCUGGACAGCUUGUGGAAGUAGAGGUAGUACAAUUGGUGCUGCUAGUGCAAGAUAUUACGGCGAGGAAAUCGAUACUUGUGGUGGUGACUCGGUAUUAAAUUUACAUGAGACUCAUGUAUCUGAUUUAUUUGAUGUAUCUGAUGUAUCCGAUGUAUCUGAUGUAUCUGAUGUAUCUGAUGUAUAUAGUGGUGCACAAUGCCUUGGGUUUGACACUGCACUUGCAUCAGAUUGUUCAUCGUCAGUUGAUGACCUUUCUGAUAGUUUGGC